AUACGUUGUAUGUUGUAGUAUGGAGGCAUGAUCAUGAUGGGUGGAUAAUCAAGUAUACCUGUAGCACCUUAAUAAUUCCGAUACGCCAUAGUGAUCCAUCUCCUUCUUGCCCGAGCUAUGAGGUAAAUAUUUUUUUUAUUAAUUGUAUACGCGGUACGAAAGUAGAAGAGCCGUCAUCCUCCUACAACCUCGUCCAACCUUUUUUCUAGUUGGGAAACUUCCAUUCGAAAUUCGAGUAACUAGAAUUCAAAAAUCGUAAUGCCUGACAAAAUCCUCGACGACAUCUCCCACCGACGCUACAACCCAUUGAGGGGUUCUUGGUUACUCGUAUCACCUCACAGAACCAAGAGACCAUGGCAGGGUCAGCAAGAAGCGCCAGGAAUCAUCACAUUACCUGAAUAUGACCCAAAGUGCUACCUAUGUCCUAGAAACUCGCGAGCGCAAGGCGAUUCCAACCCAGAUUACAAGCAAACUUUUGUGUUUGUAAAUGACUACAGUGCUGUAAAGGAGCAACAGCAAGAUUACGAAGCAGAACCCUCGAGCGAUGAUCUAUCUUCCUUGCUCCUUCGCGCUGAAGGUGUUAAAGGCAAAUGCUUUGUUCUCACCUUCUCGCCGAAGCAUCAUCUCACCCUAGCCGAUAUGCCCGCCGAAGAGACAGUUCCGAUCGUCGAGACGUGGACACGGAUAUACGCGAUUCAUCUCUCCCCGAACAAUCCCUUGUCUCAAGUUGCUGCUAAACUUGACCUCCUAAACCGCGAAGCGCCAUCCGAAUCUCUUGUACCCCCACCGUCACAACAGCUGCGAUAUAUGCAAAUCUUCGAAAACAAGGGUGCUGCAAUGGGAUGUUCAAACCCCCAUCCGCACUGUCAGAUCUGGACAACGAGUACACUGCCAGAAGAACCGGCCGCUGAACUCAUCCAAUUGACAAAAUACAGGGCUGAACACGGUGGCCGGCAUCUUCUCGGUGACUAUGUUAAGCUAGAGAUCGAGAAGCAAGAGCGUAUUGUAUACCAGAACGAUUCGUUCUUGGUGGUUUGUCCAUGGUGGGCGAUCUGGCCGUUCGAGGUCAUGAUAAUUGCCAAACGGCACGUACGGGCAUUAGUAGACCUAACCGAACAGGAGAGAUUCAAUUUCGCCGACGCCAUCCAGGAGGUAACAAGAAGGUACGAUAACUUGUUCGAGACCAGUUUCCCGUACAGCUCCGGACUUCACCAAGCUCCACUAGACGGGACGGACGAGGAAAUCGAAAACAGUUGGUUCCACAUGCACUUCUAUCCACCCCUGCUCCGAUCAGCUACAGUACGAAAGUUCUUGGUUGGAUACGAAUUAAUGGCUGAACCGCAACGAGAUAUCACACCUGAACAAGCCGCAGCGAAGCUAAGAGACUGUGCAGGAGAGCUAUAUCGCAAGAAGCUCCAAUCGUAAUAAACAGCACCUGCUAUGAUAUGGUCAAUGGGGAGAGAGGGAAAAAAAUUAGAUAUAUAUAAUUAGGUAGACAUUGUCAUAUGGAUAUAACGGUACUUUACCGUGCGGUCUUAAGCACG